GCUAAUUUAGGCGAAAGGGCAAUGUACAUUUAGAUGGCUAGUUAGCUAACGUUACUUCGAGGGCUAAUUUGUAAGCUAACGGACCCUUAGGACUAUCUCUUGAAAAGGCCUCGUUGGAAGAAUGUCAGAAGGGGACAGUGUUGGGGAGUCAAUCCAUGGGAAACCAUCUGUAGUAGCUGCCUUUUUCACACGGAUUGGACAGGUCUAUCAGUCAUGGCUAGACAAGUCAACACCUUUCUAUGCAGUGCGGUGGACAGCCACUCUACUACUCACUGCUAUCUACAUGAUCAGAGUGUACAUACUACAGGGUUGGUAUAUAGUAACAUAUGCUUUGGGAAUCUACCAUCUCAACCUGUUCAUUGCUUUUCUAUCGCCAAAAGUGGAUCCUUCACUGCUUGACGAAGAUGAGGGCCCAUCCCUUCCUACCAAGCAGAAUGAAGAGUUCCGCCCUUUCAUCAGGAGGUUGCCUGAAUUCAAAUUCUGGCAUUCGGCGACAAAAGGCAUCGUCAUCGCCAUGAUUUGCACAUUUUUUGAUGCCUUCAAUGUGCCAGUGUUCUGGCCUAUACUUGUAAUGUACUUCAUCAUGCUCUUCUGCAUCACCAUGAAGAGGCAGAUCAAGCACAUGGUCAAGUACAGAUACCUACCCUUCACACAUGGGAAGAGGACAUACAAAGGCAAGGACGAAACAGGGAAAACUUUUGCUAGUUAAAAACUCCCUCCUACCCUUCCCUUCCUUCUCAUUUGAAAUUAUUAUCUGUCACAGCUAGGGAGUGACCAGGGUUAGAGAUUUAUUUUCUUUUUCUUUUUUUGUAAGUGGGACAGUAACAUGAAAACAUAACAUGAAACAUACGAGUUUUGAUCCAUGAGUCAGUGUUGGAUCAGGAUAUGAGCAGCACGGAUCAAAUUAGUUGGGAUAUAUGGCCUUUGUCCAACUUUUUUUUUUUUUUUUUUGAGGACCACAAUCCUCAGUUUAGGAUUGGUCUGCAUUUGCUCAUUAGUAGAUGAGACUCAGUGUUGCCUUUUGCCUUUUUAAACCCAUGGGGUAAGUAUAAAAUCAUCAAGAAGGAAACGCACUGGGGAAAAAAAAAAUGCAGUGAAAUUUUUUCUUUUUUCUUUUUUCUUUCUCAAUGAUGGUGAUUCCAAUCCUUCUCCCAAGUGAAAUAAAUUUGCCAACUUUUGAUUUAAUAUAUUGGUACCUACUUAUUUGUAAAAAGUUAUACAUUGAAAGUCAGUAGUGUUAGUAGCAAAAUAACAUGAUUAGAUGUGUAAGAUGAAAUCUGGAGGAAAUGCAACUGUCUUUGAGCUGUGCGAACGCUUUGGUGUCUCAGCCAGUUGUCUUCUGUGUAAAGUGCAGACACAUUGGAGAAAUUAGUCACAUUUACCUUGAAUAUGCAUUCAUGACAGUUAAAAGAAACAAACACCUUGUAAUUCAUCUCUUCAAAUGAUUAAGUUUAGCACAAAUCAUUUUGUUUAAAUAUUUAUCUUGAAUUGCCUACUGAAUCUCUGUGUAUUACCUGAUUCUUGCUAGCAUAGCCAGCAGAGCAAGGUCAAUAUGGUUCAUUAUCGGUGACUUAAUUUGAAUCUUUAGCCACCCACCACUUCAUUGAAUGCAUAAUUUAAAGCGAGUGUCACUAACCCCAGCCCAUUUAGCCUCCUGUAGUCUGUAGUCUAACUUUAAAUCAGUUCUUUCUACUUUUGCGCCUUUGUAGAGUUGAACAGAUGGGAUACCUUGUCGUCGGCCACCCCUAAACCAAAUUUCUUAAUUAUUUUUGGGGGCAAGUCAAUGAAUUUGCAUGACCUCAGAUUUUUACACCCUUGGAUGUGGAUAAUUAUUCAUAAUAUACUGUGUCUUUAAAGUGCACAUUCGGUACUCAAGUCCAAUUUAUAACAAGGUCUAAACUGAGAUAUUAGUCAAGCAAUCACAUGUUUCCCCUGUUGACCUUUGCUCUUUGAAACAUUUAGCCAUCUGUGUUUCAAAGCCUAAGGUCCAUUCGAUUUGUGUAGACUAGCUGUUGUAGUCCUUUAUAAUCUGUGUUUACUUUGAAAAACAUUAUGGUAAAUAUAGUCAUUCCAAGCAAACUUUUGUUCUCUUUCUUUUGCAGAGGAAACAUAAGAAAACAGAGAUUGAGAGCUUUUAUUAUAACAAAUGGAUGAAGUGGGUGUCGAUCACACUUUCCUUUCUUUAAACCUGUUGGGGGGGUGGGGUUUCUCAAUUUUUAUCAGAAUGCUGGGGAUUAUCUGUCAUUACUUAACUUUGAUCAGCACUGUAGUAAGGGAUCAAAACAUUUUCCUGUAAAAAGUUUGUGUUUCAAAGGACUGUCUGGAGGAUUUGUAUAUAUAUAUAUUUUAAAAUAUGAAAUUUUUUUGAGAUUAUUUUUAUUUUUGUUUUUUCUUCCAACCACCAUACUGUUUCCAAGUGUUUAAAUCCAUUUCAAUUGAAACUGAUGAAAGCAGAACUGGUUAAUUGGGUUCUAGAUUUGAUGAAUUAAAUAUGUUUCUCAUGGAUUGCAUGUUAUUGUUUUCUUGUGCUACAGUUAUAAACAAAAACUUGAUUUUAAUAACUUAAGUGUAAUUUUUUCACUCCAAAUGCUAUUAAAGAGGCUGUGUCCCCUCAAACAGUA